AUGCAUCGUGUGAUUCGAAAGUGUAUCAAGUGUUUCCGUAUGAGGCCGAAGGAAAUGAAGCACUUCAUGGGAGACUUGCUGAAGUCCCGGGUUACCGAGACCAACCCCUUCACCCGCACUGGCGUGGAUUAUGCCGGUCCAUUUCUUCUGAAAAAGGGUCGAAUGAGGUCACCGAUUAAAUGCUAUGUGAGUGUAUUUGUCUGCAUGAGCACCAAGGCCAUCCACUUGGAGCUGGUUGGAUCGCUGUCAACUGAAUCGUUCUUGGGUGCCUUUCAUCGCUUCGUUGGACGUCGUGGGAAUGUUUCUGAGAUGUACUCAGACCAUGGCACAAACUUUCAAGGUGCCGAGCGGCAACUGGCAGAACUAGACGAAUCGCAGAUGUUCGAAUGUAAGCUGGAGGAAUUCUGCCAGUCCCGAGGAAUUCGAUGGAGUUUUGUAGCCCCACACCAAGGCGGCCUAUGGGAGGCCGGAGUGAAGAGUAUGAAAUCGCACUUGUGUAAGGUACUCAACGAAUCGUAUCUUUCCUACGAAGAGAUGUACACCUUGCUAGUACAAAUAGAGGCUAUAUUGAAUUCGCGACCCCUGAUACCCCAGUCGGACGAUUCGAUGGAUUAG